AGGCUGCCUUCGCCGUGGCCAUCUUGCUGCUGCUGCCGCCGCCGGGGUCACCGGGACAGAGAGGGCAGCGCCGCAGCUCUGCCGACAAUGCCGUCCCGCCUGGGCCUGGGCGCCGCUCCGGCGGCGCUGAAGAGCCUGGCUCCCUCCCUCUCCGUGGGUGUAUUGCAUGCGUCUAGACCGUUUCACACAGGUCAGCGCUGCUUGGUUCCUUUACCACCUCUCCCUGAGGAAGGAGGGCAAGUUCGUCAUGGGUUUAUCCCAGAGGAAUUUUUCCAAUUCCUGUAUCCUAAAACAGGAGUCACAGGGCCCUAUGUGCUGGGGACUGGGCUACUGUGCUACUUUCUCUCCAAGGAAAUCUAUAUAAUCAACCAUGAAACAGUUGCAGGUGCCUGCGUAGUGGGAGUCCUCAUCUAUAUAGUUAAAAAAUAUGGGGGUGAUGUAGCAGCUUUUGCUGAUAAGCUCAAUGAGGUAAGGAAGAAA